AUGAACCUUGAACAAUCAAUACAAAAAGUUGAUGAAAUGUUACGAAAAACUGUCCCUCCGAUCGUUGAACGAGCUCUUCGUAAAAAAUAUGGAUCUGUUAUUCUUCCUGACAAAGAACAACUUAAUGAAUGGGUGAUGUCUGUUGCCCAUAAUUUAGUUCAAGAAUAUAUUAAAACUGAUAUUCAUAAUAUGCCUGAUUUUGCUCUUUCUUCUGGUGGUGCUCGUAUGAUUCAUAGUUUAACUUCUAGACCUUAUUCUGAAAUGCCAAAUACAAAAUUUCACAAAAU